AUGGCCGGAGACUUGUUGUUGUCCAUCAAAGACAACAGCGAAUAUUCAUUAGAUAUGGAUGAGUCGAAACUUCAGCAACUCGUCAUCUCAUUUAUCUCAGUUGAUAAAGAGAAGAUUCGCGACAAAGCAGCAAAAAACCGCAAUUUCAGAGAUUUCAUUGAGUCAGCCCGUUUCCUCCAGCAAUAUGCUCGAUUGACUGGUUGUGAGAAGAGUCUUCCGCCAGCGGAUUAUCUUCAAAAAAUAAACAGCGAGAAAGCAUCGUUUAGUUUUAAGAAGAUUCAUCACACAUUCAAUCUUUUCGACAUUGUGUUCAAUAAAACUCGACACGGUUUCGGCCAAGUCGAUUUUCCAAUCGAGAAGAAUCACGGAGUAACCGCAAUCGAAGAUGUUGGUGAAUGCGAGGCUCCAUGUCCACUUCGACGAGUUUUUGUUCUUGAAAAUAUGAAUGUUCCAGUCUGUCGCUUCGAUCCAAUCAUGUUCUGUCAGUCCUGGAUUCUCUCCGUUCUCCGUCCAAAAUUCGUAUUCCGUGGGCUUGUCGCCUGUCCAAAAGGAGAUUAUGGUCUUGCUCGAUUCAUCGUAGAAAUCGGAAACACCAGAGGAGCAACUGUCCGAUCAGAAGUCUCGGUACCAUUUAGAAGUGGAGAUGAGGAGAAACUCGGCAAAUUCAUUCCGUUCGAAGUCGGAUCUCCAGAGUACAAUUUCCGCCCAACACACGUCUUCUUCUUCGUUUGCAUUUUCUACGUUAAUCGUGAGCAAAUGCCUAUUCGAGGAAUGAGACUUGCGAACUGCACAGUGCAGUGUGUGCUUCCGAAAAUGCCAGAAUCGUUAGAAGGAAUUCAACAAAACGAGAGUUUCCCGAUCGGCGCACACGAUCCUCCACCACAUCAGUGUCAUUUCUCGACCGAAGGCUUGGUACAAGACCCGGAUUAUUUGCAUCAACUCAAAACCGAAUUCUACUCAGUUAUGAAGAACAUGAAAAGAAUUCGAGCUGAGGAGGUUGCCAGAGCAGAGAGUGAUAUCACUGCUUUGAUGGGACAAAAUCUUCUGGGAGAUGCGAUGGAAACCGAUGAUAACGAUGGAUCAGACAAGAGAAAAAGAGCUGGAUUAGAUAAUGAAGGAGAGCCAGAAACGAAAAAACGAUGCUGA